AUGAUCAAUUAAAUAAGAGAAGAACACCCUCAAUUGAAUUUAAUGAGACCUCCUUAAUUAGAAGCUUUCUAAGGUCCUCGUAUAACUGAAUCAAUAAUAAAUCAAUAACCAAAUGGAUUGGAAGCAGGAGUUUAGAAUACAAGACAAUAUUGGAAUUAAAAAGAAUAAAAUUGGUUGAGAUUAAGUGUAAAUUUGAAUCCAUUAGCAUUUGCAAAUUAUGAACUAUUUAAGAGUGCAAAUAUUGAUAUAUCUGAGUCUCCAAAUCCAGUAUAAUGUGUAUUAUGCUUCAUUUUAAAAUUCAUUAUUCUGAUACUCUAUUUCCUUACUCCUUACUAUCAAACUAUGAAAUUAUAUGAAGCUAUAGUAAUUCUUGGAGCUAUUGAUUUUUGGAUUAUCAAGAAUGUAAGUGGAAGGUAUGAACAUAGAUAAAUUAGGAAAAUUAGUUGGAUUACGUUGGUGGGUUGAAAUAGAUGAUUAUGGAAAUGAAAGUUGGGUAUUCGAAACUUCUACUUAAGAAAAAGGAGAAAUAUAAAGAAUUCAUAGUAGAAUAUUUUGGUUUGUUUAGUUAUUUAUGUUCUUGAUGUUUGUUGGAAUGUUUAUCAUUAAUGCAUCCUAAUUACAAAUAAGUAUCUCAAUAUGUAUGUUUUUUCCUGCUGCUUUUACUGGAUAUAACUUAUAUGCUUUUAAUUUGUGUAAUAAGAUAAAGAAAUCAAAAUUAGGAGAGUCUUUCUUAUAAAUGAGUGCUGGAAGAAACUCAGUUAAAAUGCCAUUAAAAUUAGAAUGA